UUCGGACGUUAACUGGUCCUCACCCACUGUGUGCUAGAUUCUGAUAAACGCGAGCAGAACCGGGCAUGUAAUGUAAUGCAACGAGGGCGGAGUUAAAGUUGAAGCAAAAUGUAGCCUACUUAAGUGUCGGAAUGUUUUGCGGCAGGAUGUGGAUAAUUGAUCGUGUGGAUAAUUGAUCGUGUGCUGUUAUUUUGGAUUUUUUGCAAGCUGUGGGGACAUCGGAGCCAUGGCACCGGGGACAGGAUCCUACGUGCAGUCUGCUGUUUCAGUAGACCUUUCCGGAAGGCAGCCAUGCGUUCCUUUCUAAGGUCCUCUGUGCUCGUCUCUCUCCUGCUACAGACCGUGGCAGCGAAGGAGGACUGGCAGUCAGCUCAGACCAUUUAUGAGUUCUCAGCCAAGGACAUCGAUGGCAACGAGGUUUCCCUGGAGAAAUACAGGGGCUUUGUGGCCAUCAUCACAAACGUGGCCUCCCAAUGAGGCAAAACCCCAGUAAACUACUCUCAGUUUGCGGAGAUGCACGCGAAGUAUUCUGAGAGAGGUUUACGCAUCCUGGCCUUCCCGUCCAACCAGUUUGGCAGGCAGGAGCCGGGAACAGAUCAGGAGAUUAAGACAUUUGCCCAGUCCUACAACGCGAAGUUCGACCUCUUCAGUAAGAUCGACGUGAAUGGGGCAGACGCCCACCCCCUGUGGAAGUGGCUGAAGGAGCAGCCCAACGGCAAAGGAACCCUGGGAAACUACAUCAAGUGGAAUUUCACCAAGUUUCUCAUAGACAGAGAGGGGAAAGUCGUGAAAAGAUACUCACCAAUGCAGGACCCGAGUGAAGUAGAAAAGGAUGUCCUGAAAUACCUGUAACCCCCCAAAAAUGACUGUGCCAUCAUCGCUCCUCUGACUCCGCCCCCGUCAUCCUGCUUCCGUCCUCUCCCUUGGCCUGCUGGGAGCCGGUGUGUCCGUUCCCCCAGACCAGUGACGGCCUGUCCGCAAACCCGCUCGUCGGACGGGACAGGCCUGAUGAUUCGGCGUGCACCCCCCCUGGGAAGGCGCCUGGCCCCCGGCCCGACCAUCCGAGAGGACCCCGACCCUACCCUUCACUGCUACUUACGCCUAAUAAGUUCCGUCAGAAACAACGUGUAUAGCUGAAAGCGCAUUUCCACUUUAAUGUGAACAAUAAAAAGUGUCAAAAGCGA